AUGACAUCACAGCUGGAGGUGUUUUCCCCCCCAUCAGUGUCGUCGAGUGCCUUCUGCAGUGCAAAGAAACUGAAAAUAGAGGCUUCUGGUUGGGAUGUUUCUGGACAGAGCAGCAACGACAAAUACUAUACCCACAGCAAAACCCUCCCAGCCACACAAGGGCAAACCAGCUCUUCUCACCAGGUAGCAAACUUCAACAUCCCUGCUUACGACCAGGGCCUCCUCCUCCCAGCUCUUGUAGUGGAGCAUAUUGUUGUCACAGCUGCUGAUAGCUCUGCUGCUACAUCAGCCUUCCAAAGCAGCCAGACCCUGACUCACAGAAGCAACGUUUCUUUGCUUGAGCCACAUCAGAAAUGUGGAUUGAAAAGAAAAAGUGAGGAAUUUGACAGCAACGGUAGCGUGCAAAUCAUAGAAGAACAUCCCCCUCUCGUGCUGCAAAACAGGACUGCGGUGGGUGCUUCUGCCACGACCACCACCGUGACCACGAAGAGUAGCAGUUCCAGUGGAGAAGGGGAUUACCAGCUGGUCCAGCAUGAGAUCCUUUGCUCUAUGACAAACAGCUAUGAAGUCUUGGAGUUCUUAGGCCGGGGAACAUUUGGACAGGUGGCUAAGUGCUGGAAGCGGAGCACCAAGGAAAUUGUGGCUAUUAAAAUCUUGAAGAACCACCCCUCCUAUGCCAGGCAAGGACAGAUUGAAGUGAGCAUCCUUUCCCGCCUAAGCAGUGAAAAUGCCGAUGAGUAUCAUUUUGUCCGCUCUUAUGAGUGCUUUCAGCAUAAGAAUCAUACCUGCCUUGUGUUUGAGAUGCUGGAGCAGAACUUAUAUGAUUUUCUAAAGCAGAACAAGUUUAGCCCACUGCCACUCAAGUACAUCAGACCCAUCUUGCAGCAGGUGGCCACAGCCCUGAUGAAGCUCAAGAGCCUUGGUCUAAUUCACACUGACCUUAAGCCUGAAAACAUAAUGCUGGUCGAUCCAGUGCGCCAACCCUACCGAGUGAAGGUCAUUGACUUUGGUUCUGCUAGUCACGUUUCCAAAGCUGUGUGCUCAGCCUACUUACAGUCACGUUACUACAGAGCCCCUGAAAUUAUUCUUGGAUUACCAUUUUGUGAAGCUAUUGACAUGUGGUCAUUGGGCUGUGUGAUAGCUGAGCUGUUCCUGGGGUGGCCUCUUUAUCCUGGUGCUUCAGAAUAUGAUCAGAUUCGUUACAUUUCACGAACACAAGGCCUGCCAGCUGAAUAUCUUCUCAGUGCCGGAACCAAAACAACCAGGUUUUUCAACAGAGAUCCUACUUUGGGGUACCCACUGUGGAGGCUUAAGACACCUGAAGAACAUGAAUUGGAGACUGGGAUCAGAUCAAAAGAAGCUCGAAAGUACAUUUUUAAUUGUUUAGAUGAUAUGGCUCAGGUGAACAUGUCCACAGACUUAGAGGGAACAGAUAUGUUGGCAGAGAAGGCGGAUCGAAGAGAAUACAUUGAUCUGUUAAAAAAACUGCUAACAAUUGAUGCGGAUAAGAGAAUUACUCCUCUGAAAACUCUUAACCAUCAGUUUGUGACAAUGACUCACCUUCUGGAUUUUCCACAUAGCAAUCAUGUUAAGUCUUGUUUUCAGAACAUGGAGAUCUGCAAACGGAGGGUUCACAUGUAUGAUACAGCCAGUGUUCUAGCUUCCAGUUCUACUGCAGCAGCUGCUACUCUUUCUCUGGCUAAUUCAGAUGUCUCACUGCUAAAGUACCAGUCGGCUUUGUACCCAUCAUCUGCAGCACCAGUUCCUGGAGUUGCCCAGCAGGGUGUUUGCUUGAAGCCUGGAACCACCCAUAUUUGCACUCAGACAGAUCCAUUCCAACAAACAUUUAUAGUAUGUCCACCUGCUUUUCAAACUGGACUACAAGCAACAACAAAGCAUUCUGGAUUCCCUGUGAGGAUGGAUAAUGCUGUGCCCAUUGUACCCCAGGCACCAGCUGCUCAGCCACUACAGAGACAGUCGGGAGUUCUUCCACAGGGAAGCUGUACACCACUAAUGGUAGCAAGUCUCCACCCUCAAGUAGCCACCAUCACACCGCAGUAUGCGGUGCCCUUUACUCUGAGCUGCGCAGCAAGCCGGCCGGCGCUGGUUGAACAGACUGCCGCUGUACUGCAGGCUUGGCCCGGAGGAACCCAACAAAUUCUCCUGCCUUCAAGUUGGCAACAGUUGCCUGGGGUAGCUCUACACAACUCAGUCCGGCCCACUGCAGUGAUUCCAGAGGCCAUGGGCAGUGGCCAGCAGCUCACAGACUGGAGGAAUGCCCACUCUGAUGGCAACCAGUACAGCACUAUUAUGCAGCAGCCAUCCUUGCUGACUAACCAUGUGACGUUGGCCACUGCUCAGCCCCUUAAUGUUGGCGUUGCCCAUGUUGUCAGACAACAAGAAUCCAGUUUCCUCCCUUCAAAGAAGAAUAAGCAGUCUGCUCCAGUGUCUUCUAAGUCCUCUCUGUAUGUUCUGCCUUCUCAAGUCUAUUCUCUGGUUGGGAGCAGCCCCCUCCGUACCACAUCUUCUUAUAAUUCCCUAGUCCCUGUACAAGAUCAGCAUCAGCCAAUCAUCAUUCCAGAUACUCCCAGCCCUCGUGUGAGUGUCAUCACUAUCCGCAGUGACACUGAUGAGGAAGAGGACAACAAAUAUAAGCCCAAUAGCUCUGGCCUGAAGGCAAGGUCUAAUGUCAUCAGUUAUGUCACUGUCAAUGAUUCUCCAGACUCUGAUUCUUCCUUGAGCAGCCCAUAUUCCACUGAUACCCUGUGUGCUCUCCGGGGCAAUAGUGGACCCCUUCCGGAGGGUCCCGGCAGAGUCGUGGGGGAUGGCACUGGCACCCGCACCAUCAUUGUACCUCCACUGAAAACUCAGCUUGGUGACUGCACUGUAGCAACCCAGGCCUCAGGUCUCCUGAGCAGUAAGACCAAGCCAGUGGCUUCAGUGAGCGGGCAGUCAUCUGGAUGCUGUAUCACCUCCACAGGAUAUCGAGCUCAGCGUGGGGGGACCGGCGCAGCACAGCCACUCAACCUUAGCCAGAACCAGCAGUCAUUGUCAGCUCCAAGCUCGCAGGAGAGAAGCAGCAACCCUGCCCCCCGCAGGCAGCAGGCGUUUGUGACCCCACUCUCCCAAGCCCAUUACGCCUUCCAGCAUGGCAGCCCACUACAUUCGACCGGGCACCCACACCGGGCCCCAGCCCCUGCUCACCUGCCAAGCCAGCCUCACCUGUAUAUGUAUGCUGCCCCCACUUCUGCUGCUGCAUUGGGCUCCACCAGCUCCAUUGCUCAUCUCUUCUCCCCGCAGGGCUCCUCAAGGCAUGCUGCAGCAUAUACCACCUACCCUAGCACUCUGCUGCACCAGGUCCCUGUCAGUGUUGGGCCCAGUCUCCUCACUUGUGCCAGCGUGGCCCCUGCUCAGUACCAACACCAAUUUGCCACCCAGUCUUACAUUGGGUCUUCCCGAGGCUCAACCAUUUACACUGGAUACCCAGUGAGCCCUACGAAGACCAGCCAGUAUUCUAUCUUGUAG